ACUCGCUGAGCUCGUCCAAUUGCAUAAACUGUACGUCAAAAAACGCAGCGCCAAAGCCGACAAAUAACUUUCUGGCUUGCUUUGAAAUAAAAUUGUCUUCUUUUUAUCAGCUGAAAACAGAAAAUGUCUGUCAUUUUAGAAACCACAAAAGGUGAUUUGACAGUUGAUCUGUUGGUCAAAGAAAGGCCUAAAACAUGUCUAAACUUCCUGAAGCUUUGCAAGAUGAAACGAUACAACUUUAAUAGGUUUCAUCAUGUUGAGCGUAACUUUCUUUGUCAGACUGGAGAUCCUACAGGGACAGGAAGAGGAGGUGAAUCAAUAUUUGGGCUUCUUUAUGGACAACAAGCAAAGUACUAUGAGGCUGAGCAACUUCCUGUUUUGAAGCAUACAAAACCUGGUUUGCUUUCUAUGGUGAAUGUUGGUGAUAACAUGCUUGGUUCCCAGUUCUUUAUCACACUAGGUGAUGAUUUGGAUUUUCUUGGCAAGGAACAUUGUGUGUUUGGUGAAGUCGUGGAAGGCCAUGAUGCCUUGCUGAACAUUAACGAAGCUAUCUGUGAUGAACAACAUGUCCCCUAUCAGGAUAUCAGGAUAACACACACAGUUAUUCUGGACGACCCGUUCCCGGAUCCACCAGGUCUUGAGAUUCCGAUCCAUUCUCCAGAACCUACCAAAGAAAUGCUUGAUAGUGGGCGCAUUGCUGCUGACGAAGACAUAAAUGACAUGGAAGGCAAAACCGCCGAAGAAAUUGAAGAACUUAUUGCCGAAAAAGAAGCUAAAGCUCGAGCAACUAUUCUUGAAAUGGUCGGUGACUUGCCUUCUGUUGACGCAGCACCUCCAGAGAAUGUGCUUUUCGUUUGUAAGCUGAACCCUGUGACGACAGAUGAUGAUCUGAUGAUUAUUUUCAGUCGGUUUGGCAAAAUAGUCAAUUGCGAAAUUAUUCGUGAUAGGCAAACGGGAAAUUCCCUACAAUACGCUUUUAUCGAGUUUGAUAACCCGAAAUCCUGUGGCGCUUAUUUUAAAAUGGAUAAUGUUCUGAUCGGCGACCGGCGUAUCCACGUAGAUUUUUUGCAGUCCGUAUCUAGAUUACAAUGAAAAGGACAAGGCCGUGGAGUAGAGUUUGUCGGCGGUAAAGCCUUCGAUCCCAACAAGGAAGACUACAAGACGAAAGAACAGCAGCCUAAGAGAGAACAAUUUAAACGAAUGCCAAGUGACGACCGUGCCAAAAGACAUGCACCCCAACAAAGGCCAAGAGAUUUUCAACCAAGAGACCAAUAUCGAGGCGGUCAAGAACAUCGGGGAAAUAGGGAUGUUCGGGAUCGUCGAGAACAUCGGGAAGAUAGAGAUGGUCGGGAUCGCCGAGAGCAUCGGGAAGAUAGGGAGGAUCGCCGAGAGCACCGGGAAGAUAUGGAUCGUCGAGAACAUCGGACUGAUAGGAGCGAUUUUGACAAUCGAGGACGGCGGGGUGAACGUGAUCAACGAGAAGACCGAUAUAAUCGUGAUCGUCGGGAAGAACGACAUGAUCGUGGUCAUCGUCACCAAUCAGAUCGUCGAAAUAAGCGUGAUGACCGAGAACGACGCAGAUCACCUGAUAAGUCGCAUAAACACGAAGAUAAACAAUUGCAAUGUUGGAUUGUCUUUGUAUUGCUAAUCAUAGCAUCACCUGGAGGUGCCGAUCAAAUUUCAGUUUACACAAAUAGCGAAGAUGCCAAGAAACCAGUCUACAGCUACCAGUCUUCCCAUAACAGUAACUCUCGAUCUGAAAGCCGUCACGGAAAAGUGACCACCGGUUCCUAUCGUGUCCCUCUCCCAGACGGUCGUGUUCAGGUCGUCAAUUACAGGGUUGAUGAGAAUGGGUAUGUCGCUGACAUUCAGUACGAAGAAGUGGCUAAAAACCCCGACUCCAAAAAUGAAGCAUCGUACCCAGCUUCAGCCUAUAAGGCACCUGCACACAUUGCGACCACACCACCACCAAAUUACGAGAUUUUUACCUCUAGUGCUCGAACCAACGUGUAUCCCACCACAAUUCGAAACCAUUACGAGGUACCUGUUACCACUACUCCCACCCCAACAGCAACCACGUCGAGGACGUUGGACUACAAAGCUCCCGUUCAUCACCACCACAAAAAUCCUUACUACACUGAACUCGGGCACAAGGGUCCCGAUAUCGUCGAUCUACGAAAUUUGGCUCCCACUACUGCUGCACCAAAAAUCUAUUGGACUCAUCAGACAGAGGCGAAGUAUUCUGAACACAAUAUUGAAAAUGACCCCGCUUAUAGUCGAUCUCGUAAUCCGCCCUUCAUUGCACCCGCUUAUGUUGGUGUAACUUAUAAGCAUGCGAUUGCUCCCGCAUAUGGCCUCAGAUACCUAGGUGACUUAAAAUCGAUAAGAGAAGGUGAAACUAACGUUCACGGUGCUCCAGCUACAAAAGCUCUUCAUCGUGUCUCAGAGUACGAGGUUCCAAAUGUAACAACUCCUGAGUAUGAAGCUCCUUACAGGGUUCCAUUGAACUCUGGCUACGCUGUUGUUGCCUCUCCCAUACCUCUUGCUUUCAGAGCUUUUCAUCCUUCGAAGUCUUCCGAAGACAUGCAUUUUAGCUCCGACGAAGAUUACAAGAUCUACAACGCUCCCACCGUGACUGCCUCGUCCCAGACCCCUGCAACAACUGAACUGGCCGACUCCAAUCCGCUGCAUUCCUCACCUGCCUAUUCCGCUCCUGAGCAUAGAUCUCCCACAUCGACCUACAAGGCCUCUACUUACUUCCACCCAAAUAAGGAACGGGUAUCUGCUGGUUACAAAGAACUUUCAAGAAUAUUCCGUGAAACUUCUUUGACAGGGCGGAACAAAAAUUGGAACAAUUUUUUUAAUAAGGCAUGGGAAUUCGCCAGAACAAAAUAUUGAAAUAGUUUUAUCAUUAAUUUGUCGAGUCAAGAAAAAAAAAACUGACUAAUUCAAAUUUAAAAGUCAUUUUGUUAUGUUAUUUGACAUUGCUUUCUCGAAGAGAAAAGAACUAAAGUAGUAUUGCGUGUAUAUCGAUGGGUCUGAUAUGCAUAGUUAGUAAAUAACUUUCCUCGAAUACAUGGAAACACGGAAAAAUAGACACCACCAUG